AUGCAACGUCGUAUGAAGCAGAAAAAGGUGAGAAUGCAGCAAAAGAAGACGUCCGUAAGGAAGAUGUCGAGACGACAGCGGCUGGGUAGAAAGAAAUCAGACGAGGAAAAAGGGGAGUUACGGCUUUCCAUGAAGAAGAUGAUUCAACUUUCAUUUUUAGCUUAUAGUCCACUUUAUAUUGUUAUAUUCCUCAUAAGAGUUCUUAUUUUCAUGCAGAAGAACCGGUGGAACGAGUCGUGCUCUGAAAAGAUUAUCUCGACGUUCGUAAGACUUAGCACUACUUGAGGGCUACAAUAAAUCGAAAUAAGUCGUCGAAGUAUACGAAAACCUCAUUGAUUGCAUUAGUUGUUUUUUCGAUUUUUGAUAUUGAUGAAUAGGUCUUGCAAACCUCUAACACAGGAAGGCGGAGACGAUGAGGGCGACUACAAGCCUGCAUACGCAUCAGAGUCAGCAGACCAGGACAAUGAAGAUCUCGACCAAGCAGGAUCAUGUUAAGGGUGCUGCUUUUGAUGAUUUUAUUCUUCAUCUGUUUUGAGAGACUUUGCAGUUUUGGAGGAAGGCAUGCCAUGUGGCAAGGGGAAAAGAACUUUCUCGAGAAGGCUAAAGCAGCUUUCUCGAGAAGCUCCUUUUCACCAGCCAGAUUUACUGCAUUUGGGCGUUCACAGCUAGAAAAGUAUCUAUCAGACCUCUUAACUAACAACACCUCGAGUAUCUAUAGGUACAAUCAUCAAUCAUCAAUCAUCAUCAUCAUCCUCUAAUGAUAGUCUGGAGGAAGUGCGGUUUUUCUGCCAGUUUUUCCUGGUGAUCGGCCAGAUGGGAGUGAGGAUUGCUAUAUACCGCCAAAUUCUCUGCGUAAUAUCUGCAAAAAGGCGGGUCUGGAACUAGACCACGCUCCACAAGUUGGCCGUGGAUCUGGCAUGAUCGACUUAUGUGAAUUUUAUAUCGUGAAGGGGAUAUUUAUUUUGUGAAUAUUUAAUAUUCUAUUCCUCGUCAGGGAAAUCUUAAGCAGAUUGCCGAGUAGAUUUACAUCGUCGCACUCUAGUGAUGUUGUGAGGCGGAUAUUGUAAAUUCCGUAGGCAGUCGCGAGAUGAAUUUUUAGGAGGUUGCACUUGCUUGUUCCCUGGAUGGCUAAGGAUAUUCAUUCAUCAAAAAGAAAAUGUAGGCAGCGAAAUGAAGUAUAAAUGCAACUAGAAUUGCCGUCGAUUAGUGCCGGCCUUCGGCGUAGCUUAAGUGGCCCGCUAGUACCGCCGAAGAUCAUAGUUACAUAAUUAUAGCCUUGCCUCUGCAACAGUGUACUUUACAUGUCAUAGUCAUUUGCAUUGCUUUAUAGAACGCCACAAUUUGUAGAGUGGUUCCGAAAAGAUAUGAGCUUAUAAUGGUAUCUUUUUAGAUAGAUAUGAAUUCCAUUCUUCCCUACUACUUCUUCAUACCUCGACGAGGACUUGUUUGCCUUGUCCGCAGUCCGCAACAUCGCGGUGGUUGCUAGCACCGGAGCACAGACGACGCCUGGUAAGAUUAAGGCUCAAAGUAGCUGUUCAUUUCCACCCGAGGAGGCAGGUCAAGCUGUGGACGGUGAAUCAAAUAAAAAAAAAAAACAGGGGAUUUCUGUCUGUAGUUUCCUUCUUAGGACAAGGAUUUGGCUUAGGACUGGGGAUACAAGAGGUGAAUUCCCCUAGGCGCUAAUGAGAAGCACGUAGCUGCAAUGGCAUUCGAGUUCCGUGAUGCUAUCUGGCAUCGCCGUUUUCACCUCACCGAGCGACUGGAGUUGGCCGUAUUGAGACGAGCUGUCCUUGAGCCCUACUCUGUGCUACCUUACAAGCAAGGCCAUAAAUGCCGUUCAGUGGGAUCAGGCACGCAGGUGUUGGAAAGCGAAUGGUAUUAUACUUAUAAGCUGUAUUCUUGUGCUUAGAGCUAGCUAGUAAUGGUUCUCGUUCUUUUUUAUACUACAACUGGCACUUUUUACAACCAAGUUGUUGUUGACAACUGCUACGAUGAGUAGUAGACUCAUCUGUUUAUGUCAGAAUAAGACUCUUCAUAUUUGAUAUUACACUGAGGUACACUGGUGAGACACAGAGUUGGUUCCGAAGACGUUUGCAGCGUGAGGACAUUCAGAUUCUCAACGUGGAGCGCAUUCGAAUGCCCAAUCCCAGCAAGGACGCCUCUAAAUUAAGGCUCAAAGCAGCACUAAAGUAUAAGUGAACGUCAAUCGUUUCGUUCUUCCCUCGUAAAAGAGAAGAUGAGGAGAAAGGAAAAGUAGAUAAAACUGAUGUCGAUUGUAAAAAAUGCUACGCUGCCACGUAGUGAACCUUAGACUUGUUCCCUUCUUGAUUUUAUAUUUCAAGAACCUUCUCAACAACGUCAGUCUUGGCUUGUUUUCUACUACAGGAAAAGAAGCCAAGCCACCUGAUUAGGAUGCUCUACCGAAGCUCUAACCAAAGACUCAGCUGGCGUGCGAAUCUGGUUUCACCUCCUUUCGUUAAAGACGCUAGCCGACGCGUAUUCACAGGAUAAAGAAUAUGGAAUGGGAGCUUCAGAUGUUUUAUAUUACCUCUAGUCGGCUCAUAUAUUUUGAUUUUCGCUAAUUCACGUAAGUCCUUUACAUACCCGCUGGCUCCUGUGUAGGCAGAACUGGAUUGAAGAUUGUAAGAUUGACAGAACUGGAUUGACUUAUAAUCGCAAAUUCACGUCGUCGGUCCCCUACUUCUUAAUGCAGCAGGAGAAUGCAUGAGGUACGAAGUAUAUUAUAAGUUAUACACUGGAAGACAAGUAAGGCUAAGGUACGAAGUAAGUUAUCACCCCCGAACUGGAAAAGAACUUCUAGGCUACGAGGAUACAAAAUGAAACUGCAGUACUGCUACUGCAGGAGAAAGACAAUGAAACUGCUCUACCGCGUCAUGCCUAUACGCUUACCUUGUCGCAGGUGAGCUAACUCCUAUCCUAUCCUAAAGACAUGAAAGGUGCCUUGUCUUUCAUCUCAUACUAGAUGAAAGUAAAAAAUUUUGUCUAAGAAUCCGAGUACGAGGUUCCUGGAAUUUCGAUUAAAAAUUUUGUAAUUCUUCUAAGAAUCCGAGUACGAGGUUCCUGGAAUUUCGAUUAAAAAUUUUGUAAUUCUUCUAAGAAUCCGAGUACGAGGUUCCUGGAAUUUCGAUUAAAAAUUUUGUAAUUCUUCUAAGAAUCCGAGUACGAGGUUCCUGGAAUUUCGAUUCCAGUUUCACACGAUCAGCUGGGAAACUUUCUACAGACGUGGGGUAGGGUUGUAA